AAACUGUCGGAGAUCCAGGAGGUGUUGUCGCUGGAUGCGGAGUAGUGCGUGAACAGUCCGAUUUGGCUCUUGCCUUCAUACAUACACACAUAAUACAAGUAAGCAGAGCGUGUGCGGGAUAUUUGAAGUGAUCGUUUAAGAAGAUGUGUAGUCAGUCAGCGACGUCCCGUCCAUAAGUACUUAGGUGCGCUUGAACUGAAAUAACCAAAAAUACAUACAUAUUAUAUACUGUACAUGCAAAUACAUACACAUAAAUAUCCUAUAGAGAAUAAGUUUGAAAUAUCGAAGUGUUGAAAUCGUGGCGUCCUUGCAUAGGGUACACGAAUUCGAAUCGACCUUACCGCGUUCCCGAUGGAGGCCGCGGACAAUGCGUCAGCCGGUCUGCCAGCCGGCCAGACCGUAAUUACAACAACAGCCGACAAUGCGAUAAACACAACAGAUCCCCAGGGUUUUCCUCUCGAAGGCGCGCAGCAACAAAAGCCGCCACCGAAACUUUCAUUUAGCGAAAAUUCGAGUUCGCUAAUACGUUGUGUACCGAACGAAAGAGCGAUAUUCUUCGUGAAAAUCGACUGUGACGAAGAUUCCGACUCGUUGCCAUUACAAUUUGAAUGGAGCCGUGGAGAAUUGCCAAUUGCGAAUUCCGACCGCUUGCGAAUAACACAAACCAGCACCGCUGUGCAAUUGGCUGUGGAGCACGUGCAACGGGAGGAUGCCGGUCAUUAUACAUUGAUAGCACGAACGAAAGGUAAUGAUGUUAUUCGCAAAGAUGUGGAGCUCAUUGUCGAGGACAGAUCGACGGGUGAGGAUCCACCCGUAUUUCUACGACGACUGGUUGAUCUGUCGGUGAAAGUGGGAACUCGCACUCGAUUGUUAGUCGAGAUACGUAGUUCCACUGAUGUUAAGCUCACUUGGUACCGAAAUGAUCGACGAAUAUGUGAAAACGAUCGAAUAAAUGAAGUAAACGAGGGCAACUUCCACUAUUUGGAAGUGAGUCCUGUUAUAUUGGAAGAUGGCGGACAGUGGAUGGUGUUGGCUGAAAACUCGGGUGGCCGCAAUUCAUGCAUUGGGCAUCUGAAUGUACUUGUGCCUAAAGCCUACAAGGCACCCGAGUUCAUUGAGGAACUACGUGCUGUGCUCACCCAACAAGGUACGGUUUCGCUGGAAUGCAAGGUGAUUGGUGUACCCACACCGCAGUUGCGUUGGUUUAAGGAUUCCAAAGAAAUCAAGGCUGGUGAUGUAUUUGCGCUGACCGCCAAUCUGGAUGAUCCCACUUCACUGGGCACAUAUACUUGCGAAGCUGUCAACUGUAUGGGUAAAUCAUAUUCCAGUUCGAAGGUGCAUGUAGUCGGACGUGGCAGUAGGGAGGGAUCGCUCAAGCCAGCUGACAGCAUCCCCAACAAUACACCUCCGCCGAUAUUUACGAAUGAGUUGCGCGACAUGAGUGUUCGCAUCGGGGAGCCAAUAAUUCUGGGAUGCCAAGUUGUGGUGCCACCAUGGCCCAAAACAGUAGUAUGGUAUAACAAGAAUGGCCGUAUCGAGUCUGGCGAAAGAUACAAACUAAUCGAAGACGGAUUAGGAGUCUAUAUGAUUGAAAUAAAACCCUCUGAGAGUUGUGACGAAGGUGAAUGGAAAUGUGUAGUCACCAGCUAUGAAGGUUGUAUGGGCAUUUCAACAUGUAACGUCACAAUGGACAUUCCGAAAAAUUAUCGGAAACCACGUUUUAUGGAGAGUUUGCGUGCUGUACUUACCGAAGAAGGCCUGGUUUCAUUCGAGUGCAAAGUGGUGGGCUUCCCUACGCCCAUACUCAAAUGGUUUAAGGAUGGCCAGGAACUGAAGCCUGGUGACGUUUAUCAACUAACUGGUACCAACUCGCUCGGUACUUACUGCUGUGUGGCUAAAAACUGUAUGGGUGAGAGCAGCAGUGUUGCUGUACUUACCGUUGAGGAUAUACAAACCCAACUUAACGACGAGGAACGGCUCUUGUUUGCAAACCAAAAUCAGCCACCGAAAUUUGUUGUUGGGCUGAAGAGCCAAGAAGCUAAGAUCAAUGAAAGUUUCCAGUUUACAGUAAAUGUUAAGGCUACACCAGAUCCUGUACUGUCUUGGUUCCGUGAUGAACUGCCGAUCGAGAAUAGCGAACGGUAUAGUCAUUAUCGUGGUGAACACGAAAAUUGGCACUUAGACAUAAGAUCUGUAGAAUUUGUGGAUCAAGCAGAAUGGAAGUGUGUUGCUGUGAAUGACUUUGGCACUAGUGUAACAUCUAGUUACUUAAAACUACAGAUACCACGUCAUUACAAGAAACCACGUUUUCUGGAAUGCCUUAGAGCAGUGCUCACGGAGGAAGGCGCUGUUAAUUUAGAAUGUAAAGUAAUUGGUGUGCCACAGCCAGUGCUAAAGUGGUACAAGGAUGGUGUUGAGCUAAAACCCGGAGAUAUACAUCGUAUUAUAUCUGGGCAAGACGGAACUUGCUGUUUAGGAACGUAUACCUGUGAGGCAAGAAACUGUAUGGGCAUUGUGGCAAGUUCAGCAUCAUUGCUUGGCUUCGAGGAUGCCUGCAAAACUCAAAAGGAAGAAAAAGCUCAAGAAAACGAGUUGCAGCGUAACUUCUCCUUAUCCACUAUACAAGAAGAGCAUACGUCUCAACUGUAUGAAACUCCUGUAGGUGACAUAACAAUUGACUCAAAGGGUGAGGUAUCUUUUUCAUUUGAUGGUAAAGAGGUUUCGGUGUCCCUGUAUGAGACACCUGAUUUAACUGAGGAGGAAGCAUUAAAGAUUGUUGAAAUGUAUGCCGAUCAAAUCUCAGAGCAUGUUACCGAACACAAUGUAGUGGAAUUGCCACCAUUGCGUUUUGUCAAAGAGACUUCGCAGUCGGGUAAACUUUUAAUGGAGGCUGUGGUCAUUGAUAUUUCACCAGAAUACUUUUCACAUGAGGAGGAUAUGCGCACUGAGGCAGGUUUGGAUGAUAUUUCCAUAACGGAGAUAACAGUGCAUGGAUCUUCCGGACAUGAGGAUGAAGUCGAUCGUGAGGCUGAAAAAUAUACCCAACACAGUUUCGAGAAAAUGGAGGAAGAACUUUCUCUGACUGCACCAAUACGUAAACGUAAGAAGUCACGACCCACAGAAACCACAGAAGAAUUUUACAGUUUGUCCAAAGCAUCUGAUAGCCAAGCUGGUGAUGAAGACACUUCUGAUUUGCAAACUUUUGCUAGCGCCACACAAAUGUCAUCACGUGUCGAUUCCGCUGUGGGACCUGAUGCCGCGCAGGCCGAAGAAAAUAUACAGCCACCAAAACGUAAAAAGGGCAAGAAACAAACUGACAGUGAUUCAUCAAAAACGAACGAAGAUGAUGCAAAAAUGCAAGACAUAUCCGGAGCAGUUGGCGAUGGUUUGAUCACUCUAAAACCAGUGAAAGUCAUUUCCAGUGCAGAGGAGAUUGAACAAAAUUUACGUGCUCUUUUACCACUGGCCAAACUUUUGAAAAAGAUUGAGCAUCACUUGACCGUGGUUGAGAAUGAAGUCGUCGAGCAGGCGACCAUGAUGAUGACUCCAGCUUCUGCCGAGCAGAGUAUCGCUAUUAUUCGCAAUAUUGUUGAUCCAAUAAAACAAGUUCAAAGCAAAUUAAGAGUAUAUUCCGGAGAAACCCCACUUGAUGCGCUCUUUCAAACGAUGGAAGAGGAUAUACGAAAGCUGCACAGAAGUCUUCAAGUAAUUGAGAAGUGUGUUGAAAUUGAUGAAACUGGUGUCACACUUAUACAACGCACCAGCGUCUGCAUCAUAGACAGCGUAGGUGAUCAGUUAAUUAAGGCUUUGGGGGAAGUGCAGAACAUAGCCAAGAGUUUCGAAUCAACUAGCUUACGUGCACAUAUUGAUCUAACGGCAGAUGACAUUAAACAAGGUCUCGAAAUAACACAAGGCACUAUUAAGUCACAAGCUCUACUACAAGAAGCGCAGGAAUUGGAGGCAGCUAAACACCUUUCAGAAACGGUGGCCAAAUUACAAGCUAUGCCAGCAGUUGAACCAGUCUCUUUUGCGACUAUUUCGGACGCGAAAUUGCCCAACGAGGCUGAUGCAUUGAAGCUCAUUUGUCUACCCGUUGUAAAUUUACAAGCCGCUUUAGAAAAAGUGGAGAAUGAGUUGAGUCUUGAAGAAAACGAGGAACAAAUUUACAGAAAGGUGCACAGAAAGGUAUUGGAAAAUAUCGUAGAACCAAUCAAGGAACUACAAUCGGUAUUGGAGACAAUAGAACGAAAGACUGAACUGCCCACUACACAGUCUACAGAACAAAAGGUUAAUAAUGCUAUAUUGGAUAUUGUAACUGCGCCCCUAUUCGAACUCAAUAAGGGCUUGGAGGUCAUACUAAAUCAGUCGUCUGACAAUGUGCAAGCUGGUAUGUUGACUGUUAGCACUGUGGAAUCAAUGGUACCGCCACUGCAGGAAAUACAAAAUGGGUUGGCACAGCUUACUCAGGAUGUGGAACGUGGUCAUUUCAAUGAAGAAGCAGCGCUCGACUCAGCGGACACUCAAAAGCUGCUUCAAACUAUUGCGCAGUCCGUGCUGCACUUUGAGACGAAUAUCGAGAGACUUUCAGCACGUUUAUCGCCUAAUGUACAAAAGGGCUUGUUUAGUUUGAAAGAAGAAAUGUCUUCGUUAAUUGGCAAUGUACUCGACGAUAAUAUUACCAAAUAUCAUGUGACUCUCUUGGAAAACUUGAAGCGCCCAAUUGACGAGCUCAAUUACUGCAUACGUCAAAUUGAAAGCAAAUCAAUUUCGGGCUCGUUAACUGACUUUAUUGAUCCUUUGCACAGUUUAAGUGAUCGUGUCAAUUUGGCUAAAGAGAUUAUGCAUAUGUCAGGGACGAAGCAGAAUGACAAAAAUGUAGAUGUCCUGGAGAAAAUGCAGCAAUUAAUUAGAAAUGUGGAAAUUGAUAUUGAAGAACACGAGUUCAAAAUGCUACAACACGAAGUAGAGCUUGACGAGAAGCUUGCAGCUGAGCAAGAAAAAUCUUUCAUCUACAUGCGUGAAGCAAUGGAAAUGAAAAUAGCUCAAGACGAAGCAGGACAAAACAUACAAGAGCUUUUACACACACUUACAGAGAUUGAAGCGACACCGGGCUUAGACACUCAAACCCAGGAGGUGUUAUCUCAAUUAGAUAAAAGUCUCACUGGCUUAGUGGCAGAUGUGGAAGUAUUGAAGGAGUCCCAGAGCACAAGGGAAGAAAAUGAAGCUGCCACAAAAGUUCUGACUGAUAUUGCUAAACCGCUGCAGACGGUUGCUGUGGUAUUACGCAAUUCACUUACACCAGAGAAAGUACCAAAAAUCCAAUCAGUACCACAAAGUGAAAGUCUGAACGCAGUUUUGCAAGAAAUAAAAGACGUCGUUGAGAAUAUACCAGACAUAAAUGAGCACCACAUUAAAUUAAAAGCACUGCCAAUUGUACAGUCCGUGAUUGAAAUGGUGCCUGUUCUUCAGUCUAUUACUAAUUUACCACGAGCAAUAACUGCAGUCACUCAAUCAGCAGUCGGUGAGAAGAAGAAAGCAGAACCAGAUGUUGAUAAUAGUGCUGCAAAGAAACCUAAAUUAGACGCAAAAGCCGAAAUAGACAAAGAAAAAAUAAUGGCUACACCAAAAGUUGAACCAGUAGGUAAGAUUGAGGAUGAAGGCUCGACGCUAGAAGACAUAUCCGCUAUGAAAUCUGCCGCUGAAUCUUUGCCAGCAGACAGUCAGGACUCUGCCGCGGGAGAGGGAACUGAUCACCUUAAAGCGUUCGAGGCGAAUAAGGGCAAAGUGAACACAUUAUUGUCCCAACUCAAAAAUAGCAUUGCAUCAGUAUUAGCGCACUGCACCGAAGCAGACGUUGCCUCUUUGCAACUAGAAUCUGCGCAAAAGGUUAAAGCAUGUUUGUCAAAAUUAGAAGACAUCAACGAAUGUAUUGCAGAUGUUCAUCAAUCCAUCAUUGUGGAAACAUUGCAUACACACUCUGACAUUAGUAAUCGUAAAACUUUCGCGGAUGCUGUGUGCCAUUUGGAAACAUGUGUGGUGCAAGUAGAGGAGUGUCUUGCCCAACAUGAUUUGCAAGAGCUAAGUGAAAACUCUGUCUCUGACUUGAAAACAUUGGCUCUACCCUUACAAGAUCUUAAAGAAUGCAUAAAAGUAUUCCAUAAUGAAGAACUGGAGCAAGUGAUUAGUUUGCCAACAGCGAGCUUAUCGAUGACAAGUGCUCAGGUUUUACAAGACAUACAUCCCUUUGUGCUUUCUAUAAAAGAGAGUAAUGCACUUGAGACUCUACAGUCAUUGGCUGCAGAUGAGUCUUUAACACAGUUGCAACAGUUUAUACAACCCAUACAAGAAUUGGAAAAUGCAGUGCUUUCGACAAUUCAUCAAGUGCAUUUGUCUCAAAUUGAAGAUUUCCCAUCUGAGGUGAGUAUUGCAGGACUGGAGAAGUGCGCCAAGCCUAUUUUGGAUAUCAGGGAAGCAUUACUGCAUGUACAAGCUGAAACCCCACAAUCCCCAAUCGAAGAAUGUCCAGCAUUGCAAGUGGUUAAGCAAAAAGCCGAUGCCAUAUAUAACCUCCUAGAAUACUGUGAACGUGCUAGCCUUAAUGCAUUGGAAAAUAUUACUGAUAUGUCCACACAGGCCGACGUCUCCGCAUUGAAGUCUUGUGCAGAGCUGAAGUCUGUUGACAUCGGAUUGGAACCAGGAGCGAAAGUUGCAGAAGAAAGUGUAAAGUAUCUGGACGUCAAGGAAUGUAUUGCGGGUGGCAUCAAGCAGAUCCAAGUUUGCUUGACUUCGACUGACACAAAUAAAGAGCCCGAAUUACAAGAUAUUGGUGAAGUUAUGAAGGAACUUAAAAAUGAAUUGGAAAAUAUGCAACAUGAGUUGUCCAAACCAACAACACAGCAAAAUACCGUUAAGGUCAAUCAAAAAGUGGCUAAAACUAUGUUUAAACUAAAGGAAUGCCUGGUGCAUACCUAUGAAACGGAUGUAGGAAAGUCUUUGGACGAGAUUGAAAAAACGUUCGAAGAUAUCUUACAAGCACUGCCGACUUUGGAAAUACAUCUGGCCCAAGAGAUGUUUACAAAAAUUGAUACAUCUCUGUGCGCAUUUAAAGACACAUGCUUACGCCCCGAUGCUCCAACUGAUUUACAAAAAUUAGUGGAUCCUAUUAAUAAUAUUUUGAAGACUGUAAAAUCAAUAAGUGAGUUGAAAUCUAUUGAUAUCGAGAAAUCCUCAUUGGUUGUAGCCAGUCUUCAAACGCAUUUAAUGUCAGCAUUUAGAGUGCUAAACGAAGUCGGUGACUCAUUAAGCGGGCAAGAGCGUGAAGCUGCUUUAAGGGCACAAGACGCUGUGCUUGCCACACAUGAAUUCAUAGUGGACGCCAGUGAACAACUUCGCACAAUUGAGCUCCUUCAGGAAAUCGACAGUUUGACGCCGAAUUUUAGUUCAAUUUACGACAGUAUUUUAUUAGCUAAAGAGCAGAAAAACAAACAAGAGCUACUUGAAGCACUCACUCAACGCGUUUCAUCAGGGAAAGCCUUUCUACAAAGCAUUGAGGAAGGCUUAAAUGCCAAUAAUCCACUCUAUUAUAAAUUAGCGGAGGAGAAUGAACUGGACAUACGCAGUGUAGAAGCAGCUCUUUUACGUAUAGAAAACGAAAUUAUACCAAUGCUGGAGUUACAAAUUCCAACCCCUGAGGAUAGCGCACUAGUCGACGUACUCGGAGUGCAUCUGAAAUCUCUUCAAGACAGUUUCGCUAAACUCAAGACUUUACCUAUUAUUUCGAAGGAUAGUCAUGGCGAUGAUAAACAAAAGAUAUCCGAAACGUCUCUCAUAUCGAAAACACUUUCUGUGGAAGAAAAGCUGUAUGCUGAAUUGCAGCAACGUGAAACGUCAUUACCCGCGGAUGAGGAUGUUUCUACUUUGGAAGACGUUUCGGCAAUCGAGUCAUUAAUUGGCUCUCCGUUGCGCUCUCACGAUGAGCAUAUUCCAUCAUCGUCAGCUGAUGUAGGUAAGGUCGAUGUCUUGUUGUCACAACUCAAAAGUAGUAUCGUCUCAGUGUUAAAAUAUGGCUCCGAGGUUCAGGUUGACUUCCAAGAACUGGAAUCUACAGAACCGGUUAAGGCAAGUUUAUUGAAAUUGGAAAAAAUUCAUGAAUGUUUUGCUGAUGUUGGUCAUCCUUCUGUCAAUGAGCCACCUGUCCUAUCCUUCUCCGAAGCUAGUGAUUGCAAAACGUUUGCAGAUGCUGUGUGUAAUUUGGAAGCAUGUGUAGUGCAAGUCGAAGAAUGUAUUGCUCAGAGUUAUCUGCAAGAUUUGAGCGAAACUGAAAUAUCCGAACUAAAAACUUUGGCGCAACCUCUGCACGAUGUUCGUGAAUGCAUUAAAAUUUUCCAAAAUGAGGAGCUAGAGCAAGUUUUAAGUUUGCCAACAAUAAGCAUGCCAUUAACCAGCGCUCAAGUCUUGCAGGAUAUUCAACCGUUUAUCUUAUCCAUCAAAGAGAGUCAUGCAUUGGAGACACUGCAGUCUUUAGCAGAGGACGAGUCACUCGUACAACUUAAACAGUUUAUCCAGCCCAUACAAGAGUUGCAAAAUCUGUCAUUAUUGAAUGUGGAGCAGGUGCACUUGUCUCAAGCGGAUAGCAUUUCUAAACAGGAAAACGUCGAAAUGUUGAAAAGAUUCGCAAAACCUGUUUUGGAUAUAAGAGAAGCUUUACUACAAAUUCAAGAGGAAACACCACUAUCAACGCUAGAAGAAUGCGUGCCCUUAAAAGUAGUGAGAGAAAAGAUCGACGUCGUAUACCAUCUUCUGCAAUAUUGUGAGCAGGUCGACAUGAGUGGAGUAGAGAACGUUGUGGAUAUGUCCACACAAGCUGACAUUUCCGCACUAAAGUCUUGCAUUGAGCCACAAUCUGCAGAAGCGAAUCUUGAGCUACCAGCUGUAGUUGCACAAGAAAACGUGAAGUUCCUGGAUGUCAAAGAAGGCAUUUCAAAUAGCAUUAAACAACUUGAAGCUUGUGCAGCUGAUAUGAAACAAGUAAAUGUUCCAGAACUGCGCGAAGUAUUAGCUGUCAUAAUGGAACUCGGAAAUGAACUAGAAAGCAUGCAAAACGAACUCUCUACAGCAUCCGAGCAGCAACAUAUGGCGGAGAGUCAAGCAAAGGUCGCCAAAGUGAUGUUUAAAUUAAAAGACUGUCUUGUCCAUACCUAUGAAGCCGGAGUGGAUCAAUCGCUAGAGCAUAUUGAAAGAGCUUUUGCCGAUUUGUUACAAACUAUGCCAAUCUUAGAAAUUCAACUAGCUCAAGAGAUGUGUACCAAAAUGGAGUCUGCCAUUUUGGAGUUUAGCUCAAUAUGUAACAAAUCAGAAAGCUUAGUAGAAUUGCGUAAGCUAAUCGAACCUCUCGAGCUGGUUUUAAGCAGCACCAAGGCUAUUAAUAAACUCCAGUUGAUAGAGGUCGAGAAGUCUACAAUGGUUGUGGCUAAUUUACAAUCACAUUUGAUGGCAGUCUUUAGAGCAGUUGAUCAGAUUAAUGAAAAAAUAGAGCUCGAUGAACGUAAAAAUAUUCUUAAACUGCAAAAUUCUGUUAUUUCCAUCUCGGAAUUUAUCAGUACGAGCGAAAACACAUUGAGAGUAAUAGAACUCAUCCAGGAACUCGACUCUCUUAUGCCCCAACUAAACUCCGUAGUCAACGAAAUUAAUGCAGAAAAAAGCGAUAAAGGAAAGCAAGCCUUUUUAGAAGCACUUACUUUGAGCUUAACUUCGGGAAAGGCUUUAAUAGCAAGCAUUGAAGUAGGAUUAAAAUCUAAAAAUCCUGUAUUCGUCAGACUGUCCGCAGAAAAUACCUUGGACAUUCAAAGAGUUUGUGACGCAUUAGUCCGCAUCGAAACUGAAAUUCUUCCAAAAAUGCAUUCCAAAAAUCCGUCAGUAGAAGAGGGUGCAUUGGUCGAUACCCUUCGACUUCACUUGAAAAACUUACAAGCUAAACUAGUUGCUAUAAACAAUGAAAUUGUUUCUUCCCAAAGUGAGGUAAAGGAAUCUACAGAGACUAUUGACGACGAAAUGAAAGAACCCGUUAUUGAUAGUUUGGAAAGCAAGAAGUAUAAGCAACAAGAAGCAGUAAUCGCAGAAGAGACUCAAACCGUAGUAAUAGAGGCUGAAGAGAAAAUGAUAGCCAAAGAAUCGACCCAAAGCUCUGAAUCGGCAAUUAUUAGUUCAGAGCAAGCACCACAAGAAACUGAAACUGCUACGGCAAAUAUCACUAAGAAGAACGAAGAAUUAGAUUCAGAGAAACUUUCUUUACCAACUGAACCAUACUUACAAAAAACUGAGGAACUCAUUGAUGUCACAAUUGAGCUAACAAGGAAUUUGAAUAGACAACAGUUGAGCAAAGCUACAACAGAAAUUUUCAGGUCUGUCGAAAUAACUUUAAGUGAGAUGAAGAAUUUGAUACAAACACAUCCGUCAAGUACAAUCGAAGACCACCUUUUCCUUCCAUUAUUCAAGUUGAAAGAUUUGAUUGCGUUUAUUAAGAAAUCACCUAUGGAUGAUAUUAAGAAGAGCAUGGAGAUGCGUCAAGUCAUACAGAAUUCCAAUAAAGUGUUGCUGGAAAUAUUAAACGGGCAUCAAGGACUCCGAAGCGCAAUGAUCUCUGACAUUACUGAGGCUACUCUACCAUAUAUCGGUAGUAUUAUAUCCUUCAUAGCACAAGUAUUUCCUAAUGACAAAGAGUUAUGUGCGACAUCUAGUGCGCUCCAGCGAAUUUCUUCUGAAGUUGCUGUUAUUAAGAAGCAAAAUGCACCAAAUAUGGAUACUGGCUCACGAUCUUAUCAAAAUCUUAAGUCGGCUAUAUUCGAUUUGCGAAACUCAUUUGAAUCGGUAGUCACCAAAACACAAAAUUCACAACUAUUAGAACAAAAAGAAGGCUUAGAUCGUGUAUGCAAAGCUAUAGACGAAGGCCUCAUUACUGAUGUUGUAGAGAUUCUGCAGGAGCUUGAGGUGAAGAAAGAUUUGUUUGUUUUAUUGUUGGAAGGGUUAAAAUAUAUAUCUCAAGAAUCGGCCAUUACUACUCUUGCAGACUUUAGAAAAGAAGAUGAACCAAAGCGUGACGAAGAUUCUGUGGUACAAGAAAUUAAAAAUGUCCUAGCGGUUAUUGGCGAAAAUGAAAAAUGGAAAGACACCGAAGAUGAAAUUAAAGAGGCGCUACAAAACCCAACUGAUGAACGUUUUUCAAAACUUAUAUUUAAAAUAAGGGAACACAUUGUCCACACUUAUGAGGGCGGUCCGCUUUCGUCGAACGAAACCAAAAAUCAGUUAGAAGAGAUCAUUGAUAAAUUGCUUGCUAAUAAUCCUGAAGUCACGCGAAAAUUGACUGAAGAAUAUUAUGCAAACAUAAAAGAUAAUAAAAAACAUAUACGUGAGAAUAUUACUAAAAUUGAGAAUCUCGAGUUACGAAAUAAAGUAAGCACACUAAAUCCUUAUAUAGAAAGUAUAACCAUGACUAUUGAAGAAAUCAUGAAAUUGAAAUCUAAAAGUAAAAUCGGAAAGAAACUUGAUACAUUAAAAAAAUCUCUAAUAGACACCGUUAUAUUCUUAGACGAACUCCAUAAAAUGAAAAGUGAGAGCUUUAAUAUUGAGAAAGCCAAAAAUAUUGCACUAAACGGGGUUGAUUAUAUAAAUAAUAAGGAAGAAGCUGCACAAUUGCCUAAAAUUCUUUUGGACACUUAUUUAUUAACUAAUAAUCUGCUUGAACUAUGCAUUAAGUUACAAACAGCGGAUUAUCUUCCGUCAAAACAAAAGGAAGCAGGGAGCCCUGUUUCAAAAAUCGAAGAUGUUGAAGUACAGGAGGUUUUUCCGAAACCAGAUGAGAAUGAGAAAAUAAUGCAAGAGCCCUGUGAAAUCGAAUCAGUUAUAUCUGAAGUCGUAGCAUUAGUUACAGACUCUACCGAAGCCUCUGAGCUUGCGAGAUCCACAGUUCUCGAGGCUGAAGCACCACAAACAGAGAUGGCUUCUAAAGAGCCUGAGGCGACUGAAUUGACUGCAACUGCAGAGUCUAUUAAACAAAAAGCAGAAGUGGUUUCUGCGCCAGUAGCUUCAGAAGAACUUGCCCUUACAGUUAUUGAAGCUGUGGUAUCUUCUAAGGAGCCUAAAGCGAUGGAACUGAAUGAAGCCUCCGCGUCUGUUAAACUAGAAGAAGUAGUUGAACAAGCUCCACAAUCUGUCGAAUCUGAAGCAGAAUUGGAAGCUAAAACUCCUGUAUCAGAAAUUUCUGAAGAAUCUAAACCAACAGUUAUGCAAGUUGACGUGCCUCUACAAGAGAUAUCUUCUAAGGACACUGAGGCGACUGAAAUGUCUGAAACCCCAGAAUCUGUUGCACCGCAAGCAGAAGUGGAAGCAAAGGCACCCGUAUCAGUAGUUUCUGAAGAACCUAUCAAUACAGUUGAGCAAGUUCAAGUGCCUGAACAAAAUGUAUCUUCUAAGGAGCCAGAGGUGACCGAAUUGACUGAAACCCCAAAAUCUCUUACAUCGGAAGCAGAAGUGGAAGCUGAGAAGCCUGAAGUUAUGCAAUCUGAAGUGCCUCAACAAGUAGUAUCUUUUAAGGAGCCUAAGGCAACUGAAAUGACUGAAACGUCAAAAUCUGUCAAACCAGAUGCAGAAGCGGAAGCUGAGGCUUCUGUAUCAGUAAUUUCUGAAAAACCUUCACCUCAACAAGACGAUUCUUCUAAAGAGCCUGAGACGAAUAAAAUAACUGAAAACCUAGAAUCCAUUAAGCCAGAAGCAGAAGCGAAAGUUAAAGCUUUUGAAUCAGUAAUUUAUGAGGUACCUACACUUACAGUUGUGCAAACUGAAGGACCUCAACGAGAGGUAUCCUCUACGGAGUCUGAAACGACUGAAACCCUACAAUCUGUCGAACAUGAAGCAGAAGUGGAAUCUAAGACUGCUAUAUCAGAAAUUUCUGAAGAAUCUAAAUCAACAGUUAUGCAAGUUGACGUGCCUCUACAAGAGGUCUCUUCUAAGGAGAUUGAGGAGACUGAAAUUACAAAAUCUGUUGCAUCACUUGUGCCAGUUCAAGUGCCUGAACAAAAUGUAUCUUCUAAGGAGCCAGAGGCGACCAAACUGACUAAAAGCCCAAAAGCUGUUACAUCGGAAUCAGAAGUGGAAGCUAAAGCUACUGUAGCAAUAGUUUCUGAAGAACCUCAAUUUGAAGUUAUGCAAUCUGAAGUGCCGCAACAAGUGGUACCUCCUAAGGAGCCUAAAGCGACUGAAACCGUACAAUUUGUUAAUCCAGAAGCAGAACUUGAAGCUAAGGCACAUGCACCAGUAGUUUCCGAAGAACAAACAGUUAUGCAAACUGGUGUGCUACUACAAGAUGUAUCUUCUAAGGAACCAGAGAUGACCGAACUUACUGAAACCUCAGAAUUGGUUACACCGGAAGCAGAAGUGGAAGCUACGGCUCCUAAACCAGUAGUUUCUGAAGAACCUCAACCUAAAGUUAUGCAAGCUGAAGUGCUGCAACAAGUGGUACCUCCUAAGGAGCCUAUAGCGACUGAAACUCGAGAAUUUGUCAAGCCAGAAGCAGAAAUGGAAGCUAAGGCUUCUGUACCAGUAGUUUCUGGAGAACCUAUAACAACAGUUUUGCAGGCUGACGUGUCUCUACAAGAGGUAUCUUCUAAGAAACCAGAGACGUCCAAACUGACUGAAACCUCAGAAUCUGUUACACCGGAAGCAGAAGUGAAAGCUGAGACUUCUGUACCAGUAGUUUCUGAAGAACCCCAACUUAAAGUUAUGCAAGCUGAAGUACCGCAACAAGAGGUAACUCCUAAGGAGCCUAAAGCGACUGAAACCCAAGAAUUUGUCAAGCCAAAAGCAGAAAUGAAAGCUAAGGCUUCUGUGUCAGUAGACUUUGAAGAACCUAUACCAACAGUUUUGCAGGCUGACGCGCCUCUACCAGAGGUAUCUUCUAAGGAACCAGAGACGUCCAAACUGACUGAAACCCCAGAAUCUGUUACACCGGAAACAGAAGUGGAAGCUACGGCUCCUAUACCAGUAGUUUCUGAAGAACCUCAACCUAAAGUUAUGCAAGCUGAAGUACCGCAACAAGUGGUACCUCCUAAGGAGCCUAUAGCGACUGAAACUCGAGAAUUUGUCAAACCAGAAACAGAAAUGGAAGCUAAGGCUUCUGUACCAGUAGUUUCUGAAGAACCUAUACCAACAGUUUUGCAGGCUGACGCGCCUCUACCACAGGUAUCUUCUAAGGAACCAGAGACGUCCAAACUGACUGAAACCUCAGAAUCUGUUACACCGGAAGCAGAAGUGGAAGCUGAGACUGCUGUGCCAGUAGUUUCUGAAGAACCUCAACCUAAAGUUAUGCAAGCUGAAGUGCUGCAUCAAGAGGUACCUUCUAAGGAGCCUACAGCGACUGAAACCCAAGAAUUUGUCAAACCAGAAGCAGAAAUGGAAGCUAAGGCUUCUGUGCCAGUAGUCUUUGAAGAACCUAUACCAACAGUUUUGCAGGCUGACGCGCCUCUACCAGAGAUAUCUUCUAAGGAACCAGAGUCGUCCAAACUGACUGAAACUUCAGAGUCUGUUACACCGGAAGCAGAAGUGGAAGCUGAGACUUCUGUACCAGUAGUUUCUGAAGAACCUCAACCUAAAGUUAUGCAAGCUGAAGUGCUGCAACAAGAGGUACCUUCUAAGGAUCCUACAGCGACUGAAACCCCAGAAUUUGUCAAACCAGAAGCAGAAGUGCAAGCUAAGGCCUCUGUACCAGCAACAUCUGAAAAACCUACAACAAUAGUUAUGCAAACAGAAGAGCCUCAACUAGAGGUAUCUUCUAAGGAACCUGAACCGAUUGAAUUGACUGAAACAGUAAAACCUUUUAAACCAGAAGCCGAAGUGGAAGCUAAGGCUUCUGAAGAACCUUCACUUACAGUUAUGGAAGCUGAAAUGCCUAAACAAGAAGCUAGUUUUAAGGAGUCUAAGGGGGCGAAAAGGAUAGAAACCCCUGAAUGCGUUAAACAAGAAACAUCUUCUAUGGAGCCUGAGCACACUGACCUGACUGAGGCAGUAAAAUCUGUUAAACCAGAAGCAGAAAUGGAAGCUAAGGCUCCUGUAUCUGUAAUUUCUGAAAAACCUUCACCUCAACAAGAUGAUUCUUUUAAAGAGCCUAAGAGAACUGAAAUUACUGAAACUUCAGAAUCCGUCAAGCCAGAAGCAGAGGAAGCUAAGGCUCCCGUACCAAUAGUUUCUGAAGAAUCUACACCUACAGUUAAGUCAGCUGAAGUUGUAUCUUCUAAGACACCUGAGGCGACCGAAAUUACUGAAUCUUUAGGAUCCGUUAAAGUAGAAGUAGCAGGAAAAUCUGAUUUCGAAAACCUGACAGAAACUGCAUCUACAUGCUUUGGUGAAAAUGUGAAAAAACCAGUCGACGAUAAGACUAUUGAUGAAAAGCCCAUUAAAGGUAGUACUGAAACUAAAGUUAAUAAAGAUUUAAUUCAACAAGUAAUGGUUGAACAGGAAGUUGCAGUACUUGAAGAGCCCCUUAAUCUUAAUUUGUCAGGCUAUUGUGCGAAUAUUGUUGAAAAUGUGUACAUAAUUCGUCAGCUCUUUGAAGAAGAGACACAUUCCGUUUUCCUUAAAAAAAUACCACUGAUCAAUAAAGAUUUGGAUACUAUUACAACAAUUUCCGAAGCAGUUAAGAUGAUAAAUAAUGUGGAGAAGUCAUCUGAGAAAAUGGUUACACUUCAGAAAGUUCUAAUGAAUCUUUUCAUUACAUUUGAUGAUUUACAACAACAUAUAAUUGGGGAGAUAAAAAAUAAAAUGGAAGAAGUUAAAAGCUUGGCACUUAGUGAAUAUGAAAAGAUCGAGAAGAGCACUGGUGUACUGGACUCUGAGAAUGUAUUACUUAGUAUUUCUAGUUUAACAAGAGUACUUUUAAAUGUUUGCCAAGACAUAGUGAAGGAGGAGAACACAAAGCAUAAAAUUGGAGAUGUAAUUGAAACUAAGAUUGCUGAAGAUGUACCUCAUGAAAAACUUUCAAAUGAAAAGCAAGAGGAAGCAAAGGUAGAAGUUGAGAAAGCAGUUUUAAAAGAACUUGAAAGUAAAGACCAGAUUUUGCAAGAAAGCAUAGUAAAAAAUAAGGGAGAUAGUACUAAAAUUAUUAUUGAAACAAAACCAGCACCAGAUGCUGAAGAAAUCCUUGCUAUCAAGAAAAGCAAAGUUGAAGUGUCUGAGGUACAGGAAGUACAGAAGGAAAUUAUUGACCAACAUGAACUUACGCUAUCAAAGAAACUGAGCAAAAACUUACAGAAAUAUUUCGAAAAUAUUGCCAGCAAUGUUGAUAAUGUUUCAUUUAUAAUUGCUACACCACAAUUGCAGGAAUCUUUCAGCAAAAUGGUCCCAGUUAUACCCACAUUGCGCACGGUUGUUUUGGUUGCAGAGUGUUUGAAAUCCGUACACUCCCUUGAAAAAUCAGCAGAGAGAAUUGUUACCCUUCAAAAGUCAUUAAUGGACACCUUCGUUACAUUUGACGAUCUUCACGAAAUAGCAACAAAAGAUUUGAAGACAAAGCUGGAGGCAGUGAAAACGACCGCCUUGGAAUUAUAUGAUAAUAUUGAAAACGCAACAAAAUAUGUUGAAUCUGAAGGGGCGUUAAAACAUUUAAAUAAAUUAUCUAAUAGUAUACUAGAAGUAGCCAAUGCACUGCAGACAGCGCUUGAACAAAAUAAAGACAAGUUGACAGAAAAUAUUUUGGAGACAGUAGGUGGUACUGAAAUACAGAUCGAUCGAGAAGAAUCCACAGAGGCAACGAUUGAUAAAAAUAUUGCAUUAGAUGUACAACCUGAAACGAAGUUGUCGACGGAAGAAAAAAUAUCCGAGAGGAAACCUGAAGAGGAAGCCGAAACAGAAGUGGGUUUGACUUUGGGGAUUGUACCGACAGACAAUAAAAUUACUACUGAAUUACUACCCAAGCACACAACAGAGUCCGACAUGGACAAGUCGUUGCCUGCAGUAGUUGUGUCCCAAAAAGAACCAGAUGAUGAGAAGCCACAAGCAAAGCAGGGCGAAGAUGAUGAGCUUUCUAAAAAUUCUAGUUUACAAAAUAAACUAAAAGAGGUAAAGAAGAAACAAACUGAGGAAAAGUCAGAAGCAAAAUUGGAAGAAAAGUCGAUAAUAGAAGUUUCCCCGAAAAAACCUCAAAAUAUAAACCUGGAAGAAAAAAUUGCGAUGGAGGAAAGUGAUAAGAAACCUAUUGCCGAUGACGUGAAGAAUAUUGUAUAUUCAAAACUGGAAGAACUUUUUAAGAAUAUUACCCGAAACGUUAAGAGUUUAGAAAAACAAACUGAAGUGGCAACUCAUCCGUUACUUAGCAGGGGACUGACAUCUCUCAAACCUAACCUUGGCAACUUUGUUAACGUAUCACAAACGAUUAAAAGUAUUGAACAUGUUGAAAAAUCUUCAAAGGAUAUAGUAACAUUGCAAAAUAGUUUAAUGAAUAUUUUUGUAACAUUUGAUGAUUUACAUGACUUAAAAGUCAAGGAUAUAAAAUGUAAAAUCGAAGAUAUUAAAGUGAAUGCCUUAGCUGUAUAUGAUUUCAUAGAAAAGAGUCAAAAUCACAUAAAUUCUGAAGACAUUUUGCAAAAAAUUUCGGAUUUGGUUACGAAAAUAUUGAAAACGUGCUCUGAGCUUCGCAAAGAAACAGAAGAAGAAAGUAUAGAAAGAUUUGAAGUUUCCACCACGGAAGGUUUGAUAUUUGAAGGAGAGCCAAAAUCAACAGCAGAAAUAGAACCCGAUGUAAUAGCUGGAGACAAAAUCAAAGAAGAGUCAACAAAGGCUUUGAAGACUGAAGUCAAAGCCCCGGUAAACCAGGAUUUGCUGCAAUACUUUAACCAGAUUGUCGAAUAUGUCGAGAGUACAUCUAUCAAAGUCAAUAGUAUAGACGACUAUCAUUUCCGAUCGAAGUUGUCAUCAUCAAACUUAACUCUUGAAAGCAUUGUUUCAUGUGCAGAAUAUAUAAAGAAAACGAACACUGUUCCAAAAUCGAAGGAGAAAGUUGUUACUCUCCAAAAGAAUCUAAUGGACAUUUUCAUUCUUUAUGAUGACCUACAGACCGUCAAAGAUAUGACACUGAAUGAAGAUUUUGAAAAAAUUAAGGAUUUAGCAUUAAGCGAGCACAACGUAAUUGAUAAGUGUGUGGAUGUGAUUAAUUCCCAAAAAAUUCUGAAAGACACUGCUCAACUUUGUCAAGAGAUCCACAGUGUUUGUGAAAAAAUUACUCAAUAUGUGAAUACUUCGAGUGUUUUAAAAGAAGAAACAGAAAGUGAUGAAAACAAAAAAUUGGAGGAAGAAACUUUAAAAGGUGCAAAUAAAGAUAUGGAUUCAGUCCAAGAAAUGACAGGCAAGAGUGAAGAAAAAUCAAAAGAAGAGAAAACAGAGGCUAUUGUGGACUGUACAAGGAUAAAGUCUUUCGAAAAACCAACUGAAAAGCUGCCUGAAGAGAUAUUGAAGAAAGAAGAGGAAUCAAAUAUUAAAAAGAAAACGAAGAGUGCGGGAAAAGAAAAAAUGUCUGAAGAAGUGAAAGAGAAAGAGAAGUCUUCCGAUGAAAUUCUACAAAGUGGAGAUAAACCGAAAAAGGAAAGUGAACGGGAGAUCACAGAAGAAAAGCCAAUUGAAGAAAGGAAAAAAACAGGUGAUAAAAGUUCUGGAAAUUCCGAUGUGGCUAACGAUAAGUUAGAAACUACAGUAAGACUUACUGAUAAGCCUUUGGAUCAAAUUAAACAGGCAGAAGAAAAACCAGGAGACGAAGAGUCGAAGAAGGAAGUUGUGGAUGAAGAGAAAAAAGAUGACUCGAGAGCAUAUCAAGAAAUCAAAGUUGACGAAUGCAUUGCAGAACCUAUUGAAGGAGUUAAAGAUGCAGAAGAAAAGAUUAAAAAGGAAAAGAAAAAGAGGAAAAUAAACAAACAGACAAAUAAUGACGAAAAAGAUGUCGGAGAACUUGAAGUUGUUGAUGCAAAGCUUGAGUCCAGGGAAAAACUUGAGCAAACUACUAAGAAAGUUAAGGAAACAGAAGAAAAAUCAAAAAAAGAAAGAAGAAAGAAGAGCGUGGACGAACACCAUAAGAAUGAUGACAAACAAACAAUGGAUCUCAAGAUUGCAGAAAAAAAACUGGAGUCCGGAAAAAAACCGGUUGAAAAGAGUUCUGAGGAAUUAAAACAGUUAGAAGAGAAGAGUGAAGAGCAAAUAUCUGCAGAGCUCCAGGUUAAUGAGAAAGAGUUACAGUCUGCGGAAACACCUGUAGAGAAGCCUUUGGAGGAAAUUAAGCCCUUAGAAGAAAAACUAAAAGACAAAGAGAGGAAAGAUAUUGAUGCUGACGAAGAAAAGAAAGAUAACGGUGAACAAAAAGAACACACAGAAAAGCCUUCUUCAAAUCUUGCUGAAGAACUUAAUAAGGUAAAAGAUGAAGAGAAGAAUGCUAAAGCCACACCGAUUAAAAAAAGUAUAAAGGAAGAUGCCGAUGAAGUAAAAGAUAUCAAACAAAAACCUAAGGACCCCAAAACUGUUGACAAAAGACAAGAGUCUAAAGAAACUAAAAAGGGAGAAGAAAAGCAAAGUACAGAAAAGAGUAUCAAAAGCGUUGGGGAAGAAAAGAAAUUUGAAGAUAAAAAAUCGGAAGAUCUCAAAGUUGAACAAAUUGAGGUGUGUAGUGGUGACCGUCAACAAAUGGAAGAAAAAACAAUAGACAUAAAGGAAAAAGAUAUAAAAGAAUUGACGGGGGAGGCAGUGCUAAAAUCCGAACAACUAAAAGUUGUUGACAGCAAAUCAGAGUCUGAAGAAAAAAUCGCUGAGAAAGAUAAUAAACAGACAGAUGAAAAACCCAAGAAACAGGGGAGAAAGAAAAGUUCGGACGAUGAAAAGAAAGAUCACGAUAAAAAGUCUAAGGAACUCCAGGUCUCUCAGAAAGGAGUAGACGAUAAAAGGUAUGAAGAAGUCAAAAAUUAUACUGAAAAUUCAGUACCUCUUGAAGAAAAAGAUGAGAAAAAGCAAGAUAGGGCUGAAGUGAUGGCGAAGGGAGAGAAGAAGUCUGAUAUACCAGAGAUUAUUGGAAAAUCAGAUGAAAAACCAAAGAAACCUAAGAGAAAGAAGAGUCCAGACGAUGAAAAGAAAGAUAACGAUAAAAAUUCUAAAGAACUUAAGGUUAUUACUAAAGUAUCAGAACCUUCUAAAGAGUCCGCUGAUCAACUUUCUGAAGAAAUUAAAAAUAUAGAUGAACAAUUAGACAAAGAAAAGGCGAAGAACAAUGAAGAUCUUAAGCUAGUUGAUGAAAACAAAGACCGCAUUAAAACACCACUUACGAAGUCUGCCGAGGAAAUGAAUCAGAAAAUCAGCAAACCGAAGAUAGUAAAUGAAAAGAGUGAGGAAGUUAAAAAAUCUGAAGAAAAAUUGGUUGUACAAACACACCCGGAGUCUGUUGAGAAGACAGGAGAUGUAACAGAUAUGGCAAUAUCCUCAGCAACAGAUAGACGUCUCAGAAAGGAAGUGACUGAUGCCGGUAUGAAGCAGAUUGAUCAAUCAAAAACGCAAGUAGAUAACUCCCGCAAUACGGAAUAUAAAGAUAAACGGGAAUCACGUAGCGCUAGACGUGCGCCAAAUGUUGACCUAAAACUGACCAAUAGAAACUCUCCAGUGGGAAGCGAUAUUAAGCUUACAUGCAGUGUCUCCGGUGCUGAGCUGAAAAUCGACUGGUAUAGGGAUAAAACAUUCAUAGAGAACGACAACAAAUAUCACAAAACCUUCAACGAUGGACUGUCUUGUUUGGAAAUCAAAGCAGUUGACGCCGGCGAUGCGGGCGUUUACCGAUGCGUGGCCACCAAUCGCAAUGGAGAAGUGGAAACAAGCUGCCUUGUGACUGUUUACGAUGUACCGACAACUAAAUUUGGCACCACGCCAAUAUUUACGCGUAACAUAAGAGAAUACUAUCACUUACGUGACGAUGAACUAACCAUUGAAUGCCAUCUACAUGGUGUACCUCGUCCAGCUGUCGUCUGGAUGAAAGGUGGACUUGAUGUUAAACCAAGUUUUAAAUUUACCAUGCUUGAAGAAGCGCACGGCAUAUAUAAACUGCUUAUUUACAAACCAAACGACAAGGAUAGUGGUACUUAUAUUUGCAAGGCAGCUAAUUCCAGUGGUGAAGUCCAGAUUAGUCAUCAUGUGGAAGUUGCGAAAAAUAGACACUUCCAUGCACGCGGUAUUUUCCACGCACGUGAUCGUUUGCAAAAAGACAAAGAGGCAACAGCAAAGAAAGCCAUGGAAGAAGCGCUUCAGUCAAAGGCUGCAUCCGAUCGCAAGCGUACAUCGACCGUAGCAGAAGCUAAGGAACGUGUUCACCGCGCUUCACCCGAGCCAUUGGUAUCCCCAAAACAAAAACUCAAGUUCGCUACGCAACUAAGAGAUCGUAUGGCUCUGGAAGGCAGUACUGUACGUUUUGUGUGUACUGUGAUUGGACCUAGCCCUAAUUGCCGCUGGAUGAAAGAUGACAAAUGGGUUGUAGCUGGGCCAACCGUUAAAAAUCUCUCGGAGGAAGGAAAAGCUAUUCUUGAGGUGAGCAAGGUUACGUCCGAAGCAUCGGGUGUUUACAAAUGUGUGGCCAAAAACGAUUACAGUGAAAUCGACACGCAAUGCUACUUCAAAGUGUAUAGUGCCCAAGCCGAUGGCGACGAACAAGAGCCGAUCUUCGCUCUACCACUAAGAGAUGUAUAUCAUUCGUCCCAGAACGAUUUAAUUAUUGAUACGAAGGUGCGCGGCAACCCCCGCCCCAAGAUUACAUGGGUAAAGGACAAUCUACCAGUAGUACUCGAUGAUCGUCGGGUACAGAUCGAACAUUUGGAUGGCGUUUGUGAGCUGAUCAUUAACAAGCCAACGUCGAGUGAUAGUGGUGUGUACACUUGCAUUGCUGAAAAUAAAUUGGGCAGUCAGAAAACUACACACACAGUUGUAGUAGAAGUUGUGCAAUCAUCACGACGUUCGAGUUUAUUAUCUGGCGUAAUGACUGAAUCUGAUAGUGAAGCUGGCACUGGAGAUGCGAGUGGUAAGAAGGUCGAGAAGGGUAGUCGCCCUCCAAAAAGCAAGAAGAAGGAUGAUGAUGCCGAGGCUGGCACAUAUGAGCGUCGCAGUCGUAUGCCCGACCCUUCACCCAAACAACAAUUGUAUUUUAUUGCGAAUCUUUCGAAUCGCUAUGUAGCCGAAGGUUCCAAAGUCAAAUUUCAGGCAGUUGUGGGCGGACCUGAUGCCACAUUCAAAUGGCAGAAGAAUGAACAAAAUGUUACUUAUGGUCCACGUAUCCGUAAUAUGAGUCGGGAAGGAAUGGCUUGCUUAGAGUUCGUCAAUACCGCAGCUGAAGACUCGGCUGUUUACACGUUGACUGCACAGAAUGAAUUCUGCAAAAUUACAACCUCGGCCUUAUUGCAUGUUUACUCGCCGAAGGUUAGUUCCGACGUGCAACCAAUGUUUACACGCUCACUGAAAGAAAUCUAUCAUCUGAACACAAAUGAACUCGUUUUGGAAACGGGAGUACGUGGACAACCAACACCACAAGUACAAUGGUCGAAGGAUAACUUCGAAAUAAAGAAUGGUGGACGUUACCAAAUACUACAACAUCAAGAUGGCACUUGUGAGUUGAUUAUUGAUCGGCCGGAUGCAAAAGAUUCCGGCAAGUAUUUAGUGCGGGCAGAGAAUAGUGCUGGUAAAUCAGAGAUUACGCACACUGUAUUGUUUGAGGGUCAAGCGUCUCAUAUCGCUGAGAAUAUUCAUGGUGUAUUCCAUGCCGAUAAGAGUUUAUUGCGUGCCAAGACAGCAGAGGACGAGAAGGCAGCCCCCUCAAAAGGUGAAGCCGCCGAAAGUGAUGCAGAGGAUAAAGAAGGCAAGGGAAAAUCGAAGGCUAAAGCUAGAAAAGCUAAGAAAGAGGAGGAGGAAGUAACUUCGUCUGCAACUGAAAUUAUUUCAGAAACUGGAAGCCUUAAGAAACGAGAAAAAGUUAUUGGCAUACAUUUCGCCACAUCGGUUAGAGAUCGUGUUGUGGCUGAAGGUUCGAAAGUGAAAAUAUCAUGUUUCUUGGAGUCAAAGGAACCACAAGUCAAGUGGUUUAAGAAUGAUGAACCUAUCGCUAAUAGUCCAAAGAUUAGGGGUCGUUACAGUGAAGGUUUGUGUUUAUUGGAAAUUGCUAGUGCUACGGUUGAGGAUAGCGGUGUGUACAAGUGUUGGGCACGCGAUGAAACCGGCGAAGCUUCUACAUUCUGCAAAUUGGAGGUUUAUGCAGAUCCAGGCACUGGUGAUGUGCCACCCACAUUUACACGUAACAUUAAAGACACCUAUCAUGGAAAAAUUCAUGAAUUACAGCUGGAUGUACAUGUUCGUGGUCUACCCACGCCAUCUGUUACUUGGGUUAAGGAUGGAGUUAAAGUUGAGUCGAGUGAAAAGUAUCAGCAAAUCGACCAUGAUGAUGGUCUUUGUGAGCUGUUUAUUAUAGAUCCAGUGCCGGCUGAUAGUGGUAAAUAUGUUUGCCAAGCGGAAAAUCGCGAAGGGAAAACUGAAAUUAGUCAUAUUGUGACUGUGGAGCCUAGACGUAGGCGACCGGUUUCUCCAUCUAAGGAGGCCAGACCACCAGUCAAGCCAACAACAGAGGAAGAAGAGAAGGAAGGUGAGGAUAAGGAGGAGAAGAAAAAGAAGAAGAAAGCCAAGGAUGAAGAGGAGGGUAGUGGAAGACGUGAGGCACCACCACCACCAGAUCUAAAGAAAUAUCUGUACCUUAGAAACUUUCUAUCUAAUCGCACUGUGAAGGCUGGCAGCAACGUCAAGUGGAUGGUUAACAUCGAUGGACCUGAGCCGACAGCCCGUUGGUUCCAUGGCGAGCAACCAAUUACUUUCGGACCCAAAAGUAAAAUGUCUUGCCAGGAUGGAAUCGCAUGGCUGAAUUUGAUUGGCGUUUCCGAAGAGGAGGCAGGUGAAUACACACUCCGCGUGAAGGGUUCGGAAAAUGAGGUUGUUAGUACUUGCCAACUUUUUGUCUACACUACUGGUAAAGAGGAGGUAGUAGCACCUGUUUUCACAGUGGGCAUUAAAGACACUUACUCCAUCAAUGAGAAUACAUUGGUGUUGGAUUGUCGUGUACGUGGUAAACCUCGCCCUGAUAUUCAAUGGAUGAAGGGUUCGGAUCUGCUUAACGAAGAUGACCGUUAUAACAUUGUUAACUCUGCUGAUGGCUAUACUAAAUUGACAAUUAAUAAUCCAACGGAAAAGGAUUCCGGUCUUUAUGCCUGCGUAGCCCGCAACGAGGCAGCAGAAAAUAAAAUUACUCACCAAGUCGAUUUUGUGGGACGCGAACGGUUCGCGCUUGAAAAGACACACGGUUACUUCCACCGUGACCCCAAUAAGCCACACUUUGUGGUGCCGUUGAGCAACCAAACAGUGAGUCCCGGCGGAACGGUUGCUAUUUCAGCAGAAUUCAUGAAAUCGUCUACGCCUUUGGAAGUACAAUGGUUACGCAAUCGUCAAACUGUCGCCGGCCAACCAGGCAUAAAAACCUUCAUGGAAGGUGGUGUUUACACAUUAGCCAUAUUGAAUGCACAACCCGAAGUGGAGGGCACUUACACAUGCCGCGCUUCGAAUGCUUUCGGACGCAUUGAAUCGCACGUAAGUGUCGAUGUUGCUGCCGGUGCCCCGAAAAAUGAACGGCCACCACUCUUCUUAUCGCGACCAGAGCCCGACAUGAAAAUAUUAGUGGGCGAUCCAUUCUCCAUUUCGUUCCGUAUUGCGGGCGAACCGAAACCUAAAUUAACUUUCUUGAAAGGCACCAAAGAUAUUACCAAAUCCGAUAGAGUCAGUAAGGAAGUGUCGGAUGAUUACACCAGAUUCACGGUGCAAAGCUCACAAAUCGCUGACUCGGGUACUUACUUCGUCGUUGCGCGUAAUAACUUCGGCACAGAUCGUGUAUUUGUAACAGUUGCGGUAAUGCCACGCGCACGCUCCGAAACACCAACAUCGCCACGCUGGGGUCAGCGACUCGAAAGUUUCCCUGACAUUUCUUAUUUCAGAGAUCCUCCAGGUCCGAUCUCUACGGAACCUUUGGUUGUCGAUUCCGGACCCUCACACAUCUCCCUCUCAUGGGGUAAGCCAGCGCGAGACAAUUCUGCACCCGUUAUUGCCUAUCGCAUUGAUGCUUGGGUUGUUGGCCACGAAGGUGGUGCUAUGUGGAAGGAAUUGGGUCUGACACCUAUAAAUUCGUUUGAUGCGUUUAAUUUGAAGCCCAAUGUUGAAUAUCACUUCCGCGUAACGCCAAAAAAUCGUUACGGUUGGGGUCCAUCGGUACAGACAAGUAGUCCACUGCAGGUGGGAGGCGCUGAAUGCUUGCCCGAGUUCGUUAAAAUACUACCUGGCCAGUUGAAGGCUUUACUUGGUACACAACUUAUAUUCGAAUGUACGGUGCGUGGCGCGCCACGUCCACAAAUAGACUGGUAUAAGGAUGGCAUGCAUAUUAGUCCACUAGCCGAACGUAUCAGAAUUCGUCAAAUUGGUUCAACUUGCACGCUGAUCAUUGCUCCAGUUUCUGAAUUGGAUGCAGGUCGUUAUACUUGCGAAGCAACUAACUCCAAGGGCAGAGUAUCGACUUUUGCGCGCUUACAAAUCGUCACCGAUCCUCGUUUAUAUGAAGCCGAUACUAAACUGAAGCAAAUUGUUCAUUCCGCCGAUGUUGCUCAUGCUGGUGACACUUUACCAAUAUUCACAAUGCGCCUGCGAGAUCGACGGGUGCAAAUGACCUAUCCUGUGCGUUUGACUUGCCAGGUUAUGGGUCAUCCAAGCCCAGAAAUUAUGUGGUACAAAGACGACCAGCAAAUUGUAGAGAAUCGUCGUUGUCUUAUCACGAGCGAUGGUCAGUUUCAUACACUUGAAUUGGCUAGCACCGUACUAGAUGAUAGUGGAAUUUAUACUUGCACGGCUAAAAAUGAACUUGGUUCGGUAUCGUGCCACUGUUCGCUUGUCGUCGAUAAAGGUAUACGCGCUUACAUAUCGCCCGAGUUUUAUAUGCCGCUAGACCCCUUGUAUAUAUAUCAAGAGGGACAAGAAAUACGCCUCGCCGCUAAAGUGGAAGCCUAUCCAACCGUGGGAGUUUCAUGGCAUCGUAAUGGCGUACGAUUGCGUCCAAGCAGACGCAUAAAUGCCACUCUGGAUUCUAACGGUUUUGUUGAAUUAAUAAUUGCCGACGCAACCAUACACGACGCUGGCAUUUAUGUUUGUGUCGCUUCAAAUGCCGUUGGCAAAGUAGAAAGUAGCUGUCGCGUGGUGAUAGAAGAGCUCGAUGAAGAUCAACAACAGCAAAAGCAAUGCAGUAGCAGCCAGAUACCGGCUAUUGUAAAAAGUGAUUUACCGUACUCCAAGGAACCCAUGUUUGUUGUCAAACCACGUUCUAGUGAGGCCUAUGAAGGUGACACAGUAAUAAUAUUCUGUGAGGUUGUCGGCGAUCCAAAGCCCGAAGUUGUAUGGCUGCGCGAUUUCUUGAAUCCGGAAUACUAUAAGGACGCACCACACUUCCGACCUAUAGGUGACGGUCCGGAAUACCGCCUGGAAAUACCUAGCGCCAAGCUGGACUUCACCGGCACUUACUCUGUUAUAGCGAGCAAUUGUAAUGGUGAGGCAAAGGCUGUCAUCUCAUUGCAAAUUUUCGCUAAAGAUAUCCUCAACAAUUCGCAAAUGGAAAAAGGAUCUAUUCGGCACGGCAACGUGGAAACCUUCCCGCGUAUCAUCCGUCAUCUGCGUGACUUACGUUGCUGUGACGGUGAUGCCAUCACUUUGGAAUGCCAUGUUGAGGCACUCCCGGAACCGGUAAUCAUAUGGGAGAAGGAUGGACGUGUGCUACCGAGUGGCAAAGAUUUCACAAUGUCCUACGACGGCAUCAAGGCCACACUGAGCAUACCACGCAUUUAUCCAGAGGAUGAAGGCGAAUACACAUGCGUCGCAAAGAAUAAUCUUGGCCGCACACUAUCCUCGGCUUGUAUUAUUGUCGAUGUGCCUGAGGAAAAGGAGAAUAUGCUAAAUCGUCAGCUGUCCCGUCCCAGCGGUUUACUCUCGGCAAACUCAACACCACGUUCAACACCGCGCUCCACACCCAACCGUUGCUUUUCGCCUCGUCGCCUCUCUUACCGUUCGUCGCAAAUCGAUCUGAGUGAUGGUCGCAUAGGCAGCUAUCGACGCGCAAUGUUGGACACUCGUACUUUAGCUGCGCCGAAAUUCCUAGCAAUUCCCCACAGUCGUGUCGUCGAGGAGGGUGACAAUGUGCGUUUCCAAUGCGCGAUUACCGGUCACCCAACACCUUGGUCGACAUGGGACAAAGAGGGUAUGAUUGUUACGCCUACUGCCCGGAUCGCUGUGAAGGAGGUGGAUGAUUUGCGUUUCUUGGAGAUCGACGAAGUCACUUUCGAUGAUGCUGGUCUGUAUCGCAUCACCUUGGAGAAUGACUAUGGACGCAUUGAAGCUACAGCACGUUUAGAUGUAAUUAGCCGCUCGCGCUACUCACGUUCUCCUUCCGUGCGUAGUGUUCGUGCAAGUUCUUCGAAACGCAAUGCACACCUACGUAGACGUAUUAUGGGACCAUCGACGGCUAUAGGCGGCCGCAUGGCGUUGGCUACUGGCUAUCGCGGUUCUUCGGUGCCAUCCUGCAAGUUUUAUCAUAAUGGCACUGAGCUGGGCGAAGAUGAUGAACGUGUACAGAUUGUGGUGAACGAACACGAAGCACUGCUUUGUAUUGACAAUGUGACGGAGGAAGACGAAGGUCUGUACACUUGCAUCAUUCAGUGUGAUAAUGAACCGUUGCUCACAAGCACUUGGGUGAAAUUCGAAGCAACAGAAAGUGAUGCAUUGACAGCACGUCUUAGAGAACCGAGUAUUUCUCGAGCACUCCCCGCCAAAGUAGAAGCUCACGAACGUGAGACUGUUGACUUGCGCUUCGAAUUGGACUGCCAUGAACCUUACACUUAUACGUGGACGCGUAACGGUGAAGUGUUGGUCGAUGAUGACGAUUUUAACCAAAUUGACCAUGGCAACGGUGUGCUCUGUCUGCGCAUAAACGACGUUUUCGAUUUAGACUCCGGGAAAUACACUUGUGAGGUACGCACUGCCAGCGGCCUGACCUGCAGCACUGCAUGUCAGCUGAGCGUCGAUGAAACCGAUGAUGUUGUCGAGUCUGCGCCAAUACUGUUGAAAUCGCCGCUGCCGGUGCUAACGAAUGCCGGUGCAGACGAAGUGGUGUUUUGUGCGCAUGUUCAUCCACCUGAAGUCAGCGUACAAUGGUUUGUCGCCGGUCGUGAAAUCAUUUCCGACUAUGUAGAUGAAGAAAACGCAAAUGACUCAUUCGUUGGGGAAAUAACAAAGCAGUUUGGCGCGGCGCGUGUCACCAAUGAAUCAGACGGUGUCCGCAUACUACGCAUACAGAACGUCCAGCCGCAUCACUGCGGCGAAGUGCAAUUGAGUGUCACACAUUGCGGUAAGUCCAGUUCGACACUGCGCGCCUACACCAGUCUGGUUGUGCUGCCAGGACCUACGUCCCUCCAAGGCGAUUCUACAGAAACCACAAGUGCCGCUGAUAAGGCUAUUGAAGCGCUGAACGGUUCCGAGCUGCCAGAAGUACCUGCUUGCAUUUUAGAGGGUCCACAGGAUUGCACUGCUCACAUUGGUGGUAGCGUUAAGUUGAGCGUCUGCUACGAGGCUGUACCGCGUGCACAAGUCUGCUGGUACAAAGGGUGCCGUCCGAUCGUCGAGCAGCGCAACAUUUCCAUACGCAGCAGCGCUAAGCGUUCGACGCUGCUCAUAACUGAGAUUGCGGCAGAUGAUAGUGGCAAGUACACGGUGGAGAUCAUGAACGCGUUGGGCAGCGAUGCAGCGGCAGCUUCGGUGGCGGUGGAGGGUCCGCCAGAUGCGCCCAGCGGCAAGCCAAGCAUCUCACAAGGUCCCGAUCGCAUUGCGGUCGCUUGGUGCGGCCCACCCUACGAUGGCGGCUGCAUGAUUACCGGCUUUAUCAUUGAAAUGCAGCAGGUGCCUGCCGAACCGAAUGAUGAGACCGACGAUUUGGCUGGUGGCGAAAGCGGUUGGCACGAAAUCGCUACCGUUGUGGACUCAUUAGCGUACACGGUUAAGAAUUUGACACCGAGCGCCACAUAUCGAUUUCGAGUGCGCGCCAAAAAUGUGCAUGGCUGCAGCACACCCAGUUUGCCCAGCGAUCCGGUAGAGUUACAAGCCCAAGAAAUCCCAACAGAAGAUUUUCACCGACCGAUCUGUGUUAAGUCAGGCGGCGAUUUCAAAAGUCGCUUCGAAAUACUCGAAGAAUUGGGCAAGGGUCGCUUCGGAAUCGUUUAUCGGGUGCAGGAGCGUGAAGAUUCAAAACAAAUUCUUGCUGCUAAGGUGAUUAAAUGCAUUAAAGCGCAAGACCGACAAAAAGUAAUGGAAGAAAUCUCCAUUAUGAAAUCAUUACAACAUCCGAAAUUGCUGCAGCUCGCCGCUUCAUUUGAGAGUGCACGCGAAAUUGUCAUGGUGAUGGAGUACAUCACUGGCGGUGAGCUGUUCGAACGCGUCGUGGCGGACGAUUUUACGCUGACCGAACGCGAUUGCAUACUCUUUCUGCGACAGGUGUGCGAAGGUGUCGCCUACUUGCAUACGCAAUCAAUCGUGCACUUGGACCUCAAGCCAGAGAACAUUAUGUGCCAUACACGCACCAGCCAUCAAAUCAAGAUUAUCGAUUUCGGGUUGGCGCAACGUUUAAAUAAGAAUACACCGGUGCGCGUGCUCUUCGGAACACCCGAAUUCAUACCACCUGAAAUAAUUAGUUACGAGCCAAUCGGCUUUCAGUCGGAUAUGUGGAGUGUAGGCGUCAUUUGUUAUGUGCUUUUAUCUGGCUUAUCGCCAUUCAUGGGUGAUACUGAUGUCGAUACUUUUUCAAAUAUUACACGCGCUGACUAUGAUUUCGAUGACGAAGCAUUCGAUUGCGUUUCCCAGGAGGCAAAGGACUUCAUAUCGAAUUUAUUGGUACAUCGCAAAGAAAAUCGCUUGACAGCCAAACAAUGCUUGGAGUCGAAGUGGCUGACCCAGGAACAUGAUGAGAACCUCAGUAAUAAAAUCUGCACAGAUAAACUAAAGAAGUUUAUUAUACGACGCAAGUGGCAGAAAACCGGCAAUGCUAUACGCGCCUUGGGCCGCAUGGCCACGCUUUCCGCUUCCAGACGCAACUCGGCCGUUUCCGGCGCCGGCAGUUUGCCCAACAGUCCACGACCUUCAAUAUCCGGCAUUCAUCAUAUGUUCAGUCCGAAUACCACCGUGCAGAUGGGUUCGCUGCACGAAGAAGACGACGACUUCAGCAUUGAGCUGCCGAAUCAGACAACGCUGGAACAACAGCGACGCAUUCAAAAGACGCUGAAAGUGCGCGACAAAUCGCAAUGCAGCGAGCGCAGCGAUUCCGGUUACAGCGAGUGCUCCAAUUGCAGUGUUGGUGGAAAUAUGCCAUGCCAUUGCGCUGGCGCGUCUGCCGUGCAGGUCAUUGUGCAGCACAGCGCUUUGGAUGAUUUACACGCAACAAAUGCAGAAGCGGCGCUGUCGCUGGGCGUGCCGCACGAUGUGCUCAAGACAAAAUUGGAGGAAAUCGCGCAACAUGAGAAUUUGGCGUUGCCGCAUUUUGGCGAAAAAUGCAAUGAAUCCAUAAGCGUUUUAGAGCAACACAUGCGGCAAGUAAGUCUACAGUCAUCCGAUGGAGUGACGGCUGGGAAAGAUAACGGAGAGCAUAGUGAGUCCAUGCGAGUGCGGCCAGAGGAUGGGAUUUCUGAUCAAGCGAAUGUAACCUUAUCGCUUGCAAUGCCACUCACAUCGCCGACGCAAGUUGCGCCAUCAGAGCCAACAACAGUGUUGGCAUCACCACCACUUCGCGAACCCAUAAUGCGCUCGGAUUUCACGAAUACCAUAAAGAUGCGUAAGAAAUCGUUGGAGAACAAUGCGUUGCGAGAGAAGGCCAAGCAACAGCCUAAACCGAUUUUCGAAGCGGCGGGAAAAGUCUCACAGCUGAAGCAUAAGUUCAAUUUGGCCUCCAGUGCCGAUGAUGCCAAAUGUGUUAACGCUAAAUUGUUGGUACCCAGACAAACUUCACCACUACACAAGAGAGACCACAACAAAGAUGUUUUCGCCGAUAAACGCUUCGCCUGCGCUAACCAAACAAACGCUACAAGUGCCUCAACGAAAUCAACAAAUUCAACACUACAACAGCAACAGCAACAAAAGCAUCAGCAAAAACAAUGCUCCUCCAUGCCCAAUUCCCCGCUGCUUGGACGCUCCACAGCGGCGCUUCGGCUAAGCGGGCGCGUCCGUGAGGCAACCGAGCGCUUGUCUCAACACCAAACCGUCGCUACCAGCGCGCGACGCAUGGAGGCACGACGUUAGACAGCAGCAGCAGUGACAGCAACGGUUUAAACAAAGGCGCCACGCUAAAUGCCAAAUGAAUCAGCGCAAACCGGUUGAGACGCACGUGCGAGAAGGCAAACACAAACCACUUACAAAUACAGUUUACGGUUAUGGAUUAUACGCGUCACGUGUGAUAGCAAUAACAGUCAAACGUGACGUCGCUAAUCCGUAUUUGCGUUGUUGUUGUCGCCGCGUUGUCCUCCAGGCGCCUUAUUUUGAUGAAUUUGUUAAUAAGUACGAGUUAUUAUUGCUUGUUGUUAUUGUUAAGUACUUUAUUUCCCAACAAUCUCAUGCCUGUUUUGUUACAUUUUUCUAAGUUUUUGUUAUCACUGCACUUGAACUACGCGCAGCAUCCACAAUUCAACUAAACCUACCCACACUCGAAUAAACAUACAUAUGUAUGUAUAUUAAUGCAUAACUUAUGACUCCGUGCAAGUCUGUGCAUCCCUUGCGUACAAAAUUACGCACAAUUACUUACAUAAUCAAAAGUGAGAAUUAAGUAAUUUUAAAGCAACGAUUAUGUAUAUCUGAUAAACGAAUAUACUGGCCGAAUGAAUGGCCUGCCCACUCACACGCAUACAAACAUACGUCCAAGUAAUCAGAGAACACAUGACCUUUGAUAGUACUUACAUUUCGAAUGCCUUGGCUUGUAAUUGCCCCGGUUAUAAAUGGAAAAAAAUAUACAUACAUACAUAUAUAUGUGUAUAUGUGAAUCCCCACUAAGGAUAAUUGUUCUAAAAUAUAUUGUAAUUAUGCAUUAUUUACCAUUACAUUGUUAAUGAAUAGAGAUUAAUUGUUUAAAAUUACAUAAUUAUAUAUCUAUACUGACUACAUACAAGUAAAUACAUACAUACUUAUAAAAAUAAUAAAUUAUAUCUGCAAUGUUCUUACAUUUUGAUUGUAUCAAAUCGCCGAGUUGUCUACCAUAAAUAAAACGUUGAAGCUCAA